UCCAAAACAAACCCUCAGAGUGAGUCAACAGAACACCGCGAAGCAGAUUCCCUGGUUUUCAAAGUCAAAAUAGAAGAUAAACAGAUUGAUCCAUGUCAAGAUCACGCCGACCUGACAUCUCUGCGCUGCACUCCACCAGCAGAAGGACAGAAAUGUUCAAACAACUUGGUGCAGGCUGCCUGGAUUGCUGGGGCAGAUUAAAAUUCUUCGCUCGGCUACAACAAAAGCCAAUAAUUAAGUGUCGGAGCGAUUGAAUUGGGGAGGAACAUUGACCGGUGAUGUUGUGUAAGCGGCGUCGCACCAGGACAAUCUGUCUGUCCUUGGCCUGCAUCGCUAUUUUCCUCCAUCUCUUCCUGGCUCUGCUCUCUCUCUCCAUUUACCACCAGCCGUGUGACUCCCCACCGAUGACCAAGGUGCACACGUCAAAUCACCUGCCGUGCGCUCUCUCCAAACCAGCGGGGGCGUCUCCCGGUGCUGCUCAAGAAGAUGCUUCCAAUAAAGAGGGCAGUAAUGAGGGCAAAGGUCGUGUGCUAACAGCUUCUGCUUCACCCGGAGUCCACGGCAGAAUAGGCCAUAACGUUGACAACGGCAACAGAGUUGAACCUUGGGAGUCUGGGUUAGAGAAACUGAAGGCGCUGUUUGAACAUCCUCUGUACAAUUUGCCCCGCCCCCCCAUCUCUGAAGAAGACGUGCUGCUGAAAGUGAAACCAAAGGUCAAGGCUGUCGGGGAGAGCUCUCAGAUGUGGAUCAGUGCCAGCCGGGAAGACUACGAGGGUGAGCAGUGGAACAGCAGCAGCAGCACUCACCCUCCGUGGCUGAGCUUCCACCUGGGCAUCUCCCGCUGGCAGCUGUAUGGUCAGCGUGACCCCAGUGUGGAGGCAGUGAUGCAGCAGCUCGCCACAGAGCGCAUCGUCAGUGCAGUGCAGAAACCUGGAGGGACACAAUUGAAGCUGGUGAUGUCAUACCCCAACUACGGACAAGCCAUGUUGAAGCCCAUGAAGCAGGAGAGAGAUGAUGAAACCAACUACAACCUCUACUACUUCUCUGACUUGGAGAGGCACAAUGCCGAGAUCGCUGCUUUCCACCUUGACAGGAUUUUGGGCUACAGGAGAGUUCCCCCUGUCGUGGGGAGGCUGGUGGAUGUGAUAAAGGAGAUCAAAGAUAUCACCACUGACCGCAAGCUGGCCAAAACAUUCUUUACCUCCCCUGUGGGAAAUGUGUGUUUCUAUGGCCAGUGCUCUUACUACUGUUCUACAGAGCAUGCUGUGUGUGGUCGUCCCAAGAAACUGGAGGUCUCUUUGGCUGUCAUGCUGCCAGACCUGUCCCUGGCCACCCGGAGGAGCUGGAGAUCCCCGUGGAGACGGUCCUACAGCCGCAGCAAAAAAGCAAAUUGGGAGACAGAUCCUAACUACUGUUCCAGUGUGAAACAGAUCGCACCGUACAAUAAAGGAACAAGACUGGUGGAUUUCAUGGACAUGGUCAUACUGGACUAUUUGAUGAGUAACAUGGACAGACAUCACUAUGAGACAUUUGAGAAGUUUGGCAACAAUACUUUUCUGUUGCACCUUGACAAUGGUAGAGGCUUUGGUCGACACUCCAAAGAUGAACCUUCCAUCUUAGCUCCACUUAAACAGUGCUGCAGACUCCGUCGUUCCACAUGGCUUCGCCUUGUUCUCUUGUCUCUGCCUCAGUAUCGCCUCAGCGAUGUUGUGAGGGCCUCCCUCUCCCGUGAUCCCCUUCACAAGGUGGCUCCUCUGCUGUCGGAGCUCCACCUCGCGGCUCUCGAUCGUCGUUUGAAAACUGUCCUGGAGACUGUAGGUCACUGUCGAAAGCAACGGAGUGAUGGUGGCGCUGGUGGUGAGGUCUUCUUUGAUGACAUGGACACUUUCUCAAGGUAGAGAAGCCUCAGCACUUUGGUGAGAUGUCCAUUAUCAUUUUAACUGUUUUGGAGGUCAGGUGUGUUCAUUAAACAUAAUAUGUAGAGGAGAUUGCCUGAACUGUGUUGGUUUGAUCGACAGAUGACGAAAUUACAAUAAAUCUUCGCCCGAUGAAAA